AGUCCAUGCUCUGGCCCGCAGGAAGAAGAAGCUGUCAGCUCAUUCACUCCCCUUUCAGGACAGGGAGAGAAUAAAAGCUCUCUGGUCCCAUCGGCUUCAAAAAGCCACUAGAGCCUCCUGGUCAGCUUGCGGGCCGCUCCCUUCCCAUGCUUGGACCAUGUUCUCGGGCGUCUUUCUGUGCGGACACAGGCGAGGACUGGAUAUCUGCAGCUGAGAGCUAAAACUUUUAAAACUUUUCUUCUCCCCAACAACUGAACCAUGCCAUGUGCUCGGGGGAGCUGGCUGGCCAAGCUCUCGAUCGUGGCUCAGCUUAUUAAUUUUGGGGCUUUUUGCCACGGGAGACAAACUCAGCCCUGGCCGGUUCGCUUCCCAGACCCGAGGCAAGAACAUUUUAUCAAGUCCCUGCCAGAAUACCACAUAGUGAGUCCAGUCCAAGUCGAUGCUGGUGGCCAUGUUCUGUCCUAUGGCCUGCAUCACCCUGUCACUAGCAGCAGGAAGAAGAGAGCUGCAGGUGGUUCUGGGGACCAGCUGUACUACAGAAUUUCGCAUGAAGAAAAAGACCUGUUUUUCAAUCUGACGGUCAACUGGGAAUUUCUUUCCAACGGCUAUGUCGUGGAGAAGAGAUAUGGGAACCUUUCCCAUGUUAAGAUGGUGGCUUCCUCAGGCCAGCCCUGCCAUCUCAGGGGCACAGUUCUGCAGCAGGGCACCACAGUCGGGAUCGGGACAGCAGCUCUCAGUGCCUGCCAAGGACUGACUGGAUUUUUCCAUCUACCACAUGGAGACUUUUUCAUCGAGCCUGUUAAAAAGCAUCCACUGACCGAGGAAGGGUCCUACCCUCAUGUCGUAUACAGGAGACAGAGCAUCAGAGCUCCAGAGACAAAGGAGCCCAUCUGUGGAUUAAAGGACAGUCUUGAUAACUCUGUGAAACAAGAGCUACAGCGGGAGAAGUGGGAGAGGAAAACCUUGCGGAGCAGAAGCCUCUCCCGACGUUCCAUAAGCAAGGAGAGAUGGGUGGAGACCCUCGUGGUGGCCGACACGAAGACGGUAGAGUACCAUGGAAGCGAGAACGUGGAGUCGUACAUCCUCACCAUCAUGAAUAUGGUCACUGGGUUGUUUCAUAGCCCAAGCAUUGGCAAUCUAGUCCACAUUGUUGUGGUUCGGCUCAUUCUACUUGAAGAAGAGGAGCAAGGAUUGAAAAUAGUUCAUCAUGCAGAGAAGACACUGUCCAGUUUCUGCAAGUGGCAGAAGAGCAUCAAUCCCAAGAGUGACCUCAACCCUGUCCAUCAUGAUGUGGCUGUCCUUAUCACCAGAAAGGACAUCUGUGCUGGUGUCAAUCGCCCUUGUGAGACUCUGGGGCUGUCCCAAUUGUCAGGAAUGUGCCAGCCUCACAGGAGCUGUAACAUCAAUGAAGACUCUGGCCUCCCCCUGGCUUUCACCAUUGCACAUGAACUUGGUCACAGCUUCGGCAUCCAGCAUGAUGGAAAGGAAAAUGACUGUGAGCCCGUGGGCAGGCACCCAUACAUCAUGUCCCAACAGAUUCAGUACGACCCAACUCCACUAACAUGGUCGAAAUGCAGCAAGGAGUACAUCACUCGCUUCUUGGACCGAGGCAGGGGGUUCUGUCUUGAUGAUAUCCCCAGCAAGAAAGGCUUGAAGUCCAACGUCAUUGCUCCUGGAGUAAUUUACGAUGUUCAUCACCAGUGCCAGCUCCAAUAUGGCCCAAAUGCUACAUUCUGCCAGGAAGUGGAAAAUGUUUGCCAGACACUGUGGUGCUCGGUGAAAGGCUUCUGUCGCUCUAAGCUAGAUGCUGCUGCAGACGGGACUCGUUGCGGUGAGAAGAAGUGGUGUAUGGCUGGAAAGUGUAUCACAGUGGGGAAGAAACCAGAGAGCAUCCCUGGAGGCUGGGGACGCUGGUCACCCUGGUCACACUGUUCUAGAACAUGUGGGGCAGGAGCUCAGAGCGCAGAGAGGCUCUGCAACAACCCAGAACCAAAAUUUGGAGGGAAAUACUGCACCGGAGAAAGAAAACGCUAUCGCUUAUGCAAUGUCCACCCCUGCCGCUCAGACACUCCAACUUUCCGGCAGAUGCAGUGCAGUGAAUUUGACACAGUCCCCUACAAAAACCAAUUCUACCGCUGGUUCCCAGUGUUUAAUGCAGCACAUCCUUGUGAGCUGUACUGCAGACCCAUAGAUGAACAGUUUUCUGAGAGAAUGCUGGAAGCUGUCAUUGAUGGCACCCCAUGCUUCGAAGGUGGCAACAGCAGAAAUGUCUGUAUUAAUGGCAUAUGUAAGAGGGUUGGCUGUGACUAUGAGAUUGAUUCCAAUGCUACAGAGGAUCGCUGUGGUGUGUGCCUUGGAGAUGGCUCUGCCUGCCAGACGGUGAAGAAGCUGUUUAGACAGAAGGAAGGAUCUGGUUACGUUGACAUUGGACUUAUUCCCAAAGGUGCGAGGGAUAUAAGGGUGAUGGAAAUCAAGGCAGCUGGCAAUUUCCUGGCCAUUAGGAGUGAAGAUCCGGAAAAAUACUACCUCAACGGAGGGUUCAUUAUCCAGUGGAAUGGAAACUAUAAACUGGCAGGGACCGUUUUCCAGUAUGACAGGAAAGGAGAUCUGGAGAAACUUAUAGCUCCAGGCCCCACCAACGAGUCAGUGUGGCUCCAGCUACUUUUCCAGGUGACUAACCCUGGUAUCAAGUAUGAGUACACAGUCCGGAAAGAUGGCCUUGACAAUGACGUGGAGAAGUUGCUGUACUUCUGGCAAUUUGGCCGCUGGACAGAAUGCAGUGUAACGUGUGGAACAGGUAUCCGCCGGCAGGCUGCUCAUUGUGUCAAGAAGGGCCACGGUAUAGUGAAAACGACCUUCUGUAACCCAGAAACACAGCCCAGCGUGAGACAGAAGAAGUGCCAUGAAAAGGACUGUCCACCCAGGUGGUGGGCAGGGGAGUGGGAAGCGUGUUCAACGACAUGUGGGCCCUACGGAGAAAAAAAGAGAACGGUGCUGUGCAUCCAGACCAUGGGCUCGGAUGAACAGGCUCUCCCUGCUACAGACUGCCAGCACCUGCUGAAGCCCAAAGCACUGGUUUCCUGCAACAGAGAUAUUCUGUGUCCAUCAGACUGGACAGUAGGCAACUGGAGUGAGUGCUCUGUUUCCUGUGGUGGUGGAGUGCGGAUUCGCAGUGUCACAUGUGCCAAGAACCUUAAUGAGCCUUGUGACAAGACCCGGAAACCCAACAGUCGAGCUCUGUGCGGCCUCCAGCAGUGCCCAUUUAGCCGUAGAGUUCUGAAACCCAAUAAAGAUAUAGCUCCCAGUGGGAAAAAUCAAUCGACAGCAGAACAUGACCCCUUCAAGCCCAUCCCAGCACCAACAUCCAGGCCCACGCCACUGUCCACACCCACAGUGCCUGAGUCUAUGAGCACAAGUACUCCCACAAUCAACAGCCUUGGCUCCACCAUAGCAUCCCAAGAAGACGCAAAUGGGAUGGGAUGGCAGAAUAAUUCAACCCAAGCUGAAGAGGGCUCCCACUUCCCUACUUCUUCUGGAAGCACUUCCCAGGUCCCCGUGACUUCCUGGUCUUUGAGUAUCCAACCUGAUGAUGAGAAUGUUUCCAGCUCAGCUAUAGGUCCUACUUCAGAGGGUGACUUUUGGGCAACCACAACAAGUGAUUCUGGCUUAUCAUCUAGCGAUGCUAUGACUUGGCAGGUAACUCCAUUUUAUAGCACCAUGACCACAGAUCCAGAAGUGGAGAUACAUAGUGGUUCAGGGGAAGACAGUGACCAGCCUUUGAACAAGGACAAAAGCAACUCUGUGAUAUGGAAUAAGAUCGGGGUACCUGAACAUGAUGCUCCCAUGGAGACGGAUGCAGAACUACCACUUGGACCUCCACCAACAUCUUAUAUGGGGGAAGAGCCCUCAUGGCCUCCCUUCAGUACAAAAAUGGAAGGCUCAUUACCUGCCUGGUCCUUCAAAAAUGAGACACCCAGGGAUGAUGGGAUGAUCGCUGAAAAAUCAAGGAAGAUUCCACUCCCUCUUGCAGGAGACCACCAUCCAGCAACCUCAGAGAAGUUAGAAAACCAUGACAAAUUGGCAUUGCCAAAUACUACAAAUCCAACCCAAGGCUUUGGGCCUGUCCUGACUGAAGAAGAUGCCUCCAAUCUGAUUGCCGAGGGGUUUUUGCUAAAUGCUUCUGAUUACAAGCAUCUUAUGAAGGACCACAGCCCUGCAUACUGGAUUGUUGGAAACUGGAGUAAAUGCUCCACUACCUGUGGGCUGGGGGCCUACUGGAGGAGUGUGGAGUGCAGCUCUGGGGUGGACGCUGACUGCACAACCAUUCAGAGGCCAGACCCUGCUAAGAAGUGCCACCUCCGCCCCUGUGCUGGCUGGCGAGUGGGAAACUGGAGCAAGUGCUCCCGAAAUUGCAGUGGAGGCUUCAAGAUUCGUGAGGUUCAGUGCAUGGACAGCCUGGACCACCACCGGAGCCUGAGGCCGUUUCACUGUCAAUUCCUAGCUGGCGCUCCUCCUCCACUGAGUAUGAGCUGUAACCUGGAGCCUUGUGGAGAAUGGCAAGUGGAGCCCUGGAGCCAGUGUUCUAGGUCCUGUGGAGGAGGUGUUCAGGAGAGAGGAGUGUCUUGUCCUGGAGGCCUCUGUGACUGGACAAAAAGGCCUGCAACCACUGUGCCCUGCAACAGACACCUUUGCUGUCACUGGGCCACUGGGAACUGGGAGCUGUGUAACACUUCCUGUGGUGGUGGCUCUCAGAAAAGAACCAUUCAUUGCAUCCCCUCAGAAAACAGUACAACUGAAGAUCAAGACCAGUGCCUCUGUGACCAUCAAGUCAAACCCCCAGAAUUCCAAACAUGCAACCAGCAAGCCUGCAGGAAGAGUGCUGAUUUAACUUGCUUGAAGGACAGACUUUCAAUCAGCUUCUGCCAGACACUGAAAUCCAUGAGGAAGUGCUCUGUGCCAUCAGUGCGAGCCCAGUGCUGUCUCUCGUGUCCACAGGCGCCCAGCAUCCACACCCAGAGGCAAAGAAAACAGCAGUUGCUCCAAAAUCAUGACAUGCUCUAGGUUCAUGGGCCUCCACAGCCUGAUACCCAAGAACAUGGUCCAGACAGUCACUUCACUAAUAUUUUACUUUACACAUUCUAGGUUCAACUUUGGGUCAUAACAAAACAAAAUGCAAUGUGUGUGUCUAGCCACAAAAUGUUCCUCACAGAAAGCUUGGGGCUGGCUGCUCCCUGAUAGGAAGACAAAGUAUUUGAGAGAAUGCUGCAGCAGUUGAGAUGAGUUCCUGGGGAAAGUGCCAGAUUAGGCAAAUCUGUGAAAAUAUGUCUUUCGCCCUUUAAAGAUACAAGUACAGACCAGAUUUUAUUUUUCCAAACUACCUCAAGAGUAUCAAGAAAUAGAGCCACAAUUACCCAGGAAAUAGAUAAUCUUUCAAAUUUGUCUUCAUGAGUAUAUCCUCUUUGGGUGCUUUGGGUAGCCACUGUUUAGAAGUCGUGUGGCAAUUUUCAGGAACAUCUAUCCAGUAGUCAAUAAGGACAGGAAAAUGUUGCUAUCUAUGGGGCUCAGUCUUCUCUCCAUCCCUGUAGGACUUCACAACUGGAAACCUAGACUCUAGGGACAAGCCAUGGAGAUUUGAGAUUAAGGAGACACGAGCAACAGAUGAAGCCUACGGGGAUUAGAUUGGCGGUCAAGAAGUCAUUUUUCACUUAAUUACAGUUUCUAUUAAAAAUCCUAAAAUCACGAAGAAACAGAAAUCAACUUCUCACAAGCAUAAGAAAGAAAAUGAGUGGUUCUUGUUCCUCAAACCUUCCUGGCUUUGUCAGCUGGUCACAGAACAAAUGUGUGCUCCUGUCUGCCAGACUUUCUCCUGCCCUGUCCUUAUUGGGGUCAUGACCUCAGGUCCUGCUGUCAUCCCUGUGCAGGAAGAUUAUACACAAAAACUGCUACAACUAGGGCUAUAGCUGAUUCCAUACCCUGUUUCUCUCCCGACAGAAAAAGUGAAGUUCCAGGUUAAACCACUUUUCAAAAUCAGGUAAAUUGUACUAAGUCUAGGAAUUUAGUAGAAAUUUAUAGUUUAGAAGAAAAAAGUUCUAAAAAGUGGUCAGGAUUACCUAUUUAGUGUAUCCAUUGGUGACUUUUAAAAGUGUUUUGCCACUAGAGGUAUGGAGCUAGGGUUGAAUGCACAUUUAGCAUAGUUGUGCAAGGCUGUAACUUUGGUCUCUAGAAACAUUCAUGCAUACGUAUACACAUACACAGAGAAUCAAAAACAGAGGCUAACUUACAUUGUGGAAAGCAAGCAAGUCAAGAGGGUCCCAGACACUGAAAUGGAAGUUAACAUGCUUAUUUUAGACAUACACACACACACACACACACACACACACACACACACACACACGAACACAUACUGAAGUCAGAAUAGGCUGUGAGCACAAAAUCAGAGCAAAUUUCCAGGUUAGCCUAUAGACUGAACCUAGAGUGAAAGGAAGAACAUUUAGAGAGAUGCAAGCCCUGGGGAAAGGCCCCAGAACCAGCUCUUGAUAAGAUAGGAGGCAACGUAUGCCUUCAGUGAUAGAUCACAUAGCUUUAGGCUUAUGCACCAAUAUACAUCAUCUUCCUACAGUACUCCACAGCUCCCUGUAGUUAUCUAUCCAUUCAGCAGAAUGGUGCUAUUGAACUUGGUGCUAAUACCUAGAAGGUGGCAGAGCUAGCAGAAAUGUUAACAGUCAUGUAAAUGUGUGAGUGUCUACGAACUUCCAGAUAGACAUAUGUUUUGUGUGAUGGUGUUGCUAGCCAAUGUCAGUCUUACUUGUUCUGAGACCAUGAACAUAACAUUAUAUAGUUUGUGCUUUUAAACUCUUUCAAGCCACUAGCAUGUAUUGUUCUGAUUAAUUCCUGUGGAAAUAAAACACUGGUAUAUGGAUAUAAUUCAAGGUAUACCAGAAAUCGGAGAAAAUACACAUUUACUGAAGCCAGGGAAUUUAUGUGUAGUUAGGCCUACAUUCUUGUAUUCUGUCUUUACAUAAGAACAUUGCUGGCCAAUGACAAUCUCUGGUGAAAUAGCUAUUUUAGCAUUAUUCUGUUAGUGGCAUAAAUGGAGAAAAUAAGUAGAGGGGAACUUGACUUUCUAAUAAGGAAUUUUGCAAAGUCUAGUCGAAUAGGCUUUCAGAAGUGUUAAUUAGUAAUCCAUGUGAAUUUAACUUAAGCUGGUACUGUUCUAGAGUAAAGUACAUGACACUAGAGUCCUGUGUAUGACCAGGCUUAUGAAACUCAGGAACAAACUUGGAUCUUUACUAACCUCAACAAACAUAAGUAGGCCAGAUUUCCCAAUGCAAAAGGUAAACCAUGUCAUUUGGGACCCAUCAUGAGUCUGUGGGGAGAGUCUGGCCAGGUGCUUCAUUCUAGAUCUUCCUCCAGUUUCUGAAGUACAGGAAAUAGGCCUCUGAUCAUGUAUUGUGGACAUCCUCUUCCUACCAUGGUGAAACUCUCCUAUGGCAUGUGUCACUUGUGCUUGCUCUCAGAGUCAUCAGUCACUGCUCCGCUGUGGGCUAUCAGUGUUUCCAUGGGCAUUUAAUGCUUGAGAUGCUAGAAGAACCGUGAAUAGCAGGAUGACGCUGACAGCAAGAGCUAGAUAGUGUCUUCACAGGGUCAGUUGUGAAGGCUUGGUUUAUUUCACCCAUAUCCCCCUUCACGUUAACACCUUGAAGGUAUGAGCAAGAAGCUCAGCAAGAGACACUGGCUAUACCCUUACUAUGAGCCUAACAGGUCCACCAAGGGCCUUGUACUUAAAUACAUCAUUUUGGGUUUACAUUGCUUCUCAGAGUGAUAGAAUUAGUUCUCCAAAAAGUUAUAGGCUAUUUAAUUCUUGAACAUCAAAAGAGAACAAUAUUCCUAGAAAUGUUAUAGUGAAUACUUUGUUUAACUCAUGAAUCAUAUCCUGCAAAAAAGGAUUGCUUUACUUUGUGGGAAUAGUCAUAGUUCUUCCUAACAAGAGCACAGACACUUCUCCUGGUCUCCUGAGACAGCAUGUCUUCACUGGCUUCCCAGUGCAAUACUUUUUGAGAGUCAGUUUUGAACCACCUCCAUCAAGGAUCUGAAGCAGUUUGAGGGAUUAUAUUAUUUCAGACCCUAACUUCCCAUCUGGUUAGCUGUUGUUCUCUAGAAGCUACAUGUUGCUAACCUAGAAAAGUGCAAAGUCUUAGCUUUCUCCUUUCUCACUUCAAGAAGAAGCUCUGGAACAACCUAUCUGGUGCUCAAUUCACAGUGAUUCACUUACACAGGCCACAUGUCUUGAGCUUCUUGGUGCUAUAACCAAUCCAAUAUGUUUGAUGCUACUCCUGUUGCUAAUUCAAGUAUUUUCUUUUUAAUUCAAGUAUUUUUAUUUUAAGUUCUGUCACUAAAGAUAAUGUGAUGGGGAAAAAAUGUAUUUCUCCCUACCAUUGCCCUCCAAAAUAAUGGUGUGACAUCCAUGGCUAACGCAUUGUCUCCCCCAUGUUUCUGCACUGCUGCUUUACCACCUGAUUCCCACACUCCUUAUGUAUCCAGUGAGUACCUCAGUAUUAAAACCAGAUUAUAAUCAUAGGCUGUCUUCAGGUGGCAUCAAUAAAUGGCCAAACUCGU